UCCCCCACCGCCUCAGGAGGCAGGUCAGGCGGGCGGGCCGGCCAGCGAGGCCGCGACUCGAGUCCUUGGGCCCUCAGCCGCGGAGCAGCGUCGCCGCGCCGGCAUCAUGGCGGGCGGGCGCUGCGGCCCUCUGCGGACGGCGCUUCUGGUAGCCUGGGUCGCGGCGUGGGCGGCCGCCGAGGGCCCCGAGCAGGCCCUGGUGCCGGCGGAGCCCAGCCGGGUGCAGCCCAUGACCGCUUCCAACUGGACGCUGGUGAUGGAGGGCGAGUGGAUGCUGAAAUUUUAUGCCCCGUGGUGUCCAUCGUGCCAGCAGACUGAUUCGGAAUGGGAAACCUUUGCAAAGAAUGGUGAAACUCUGCAGAUCAGUGUGGGAAAGGUGGAUGUCAUUCAGGAACCAGGUUUGAGUGGCCGUUUCUUUGUCACCACCCUCCCAGCCUUUUUUCAUGCAAAAGAUGGGAUAUUCCGCCGUUACCGAGGCCCAGGAAUCUUUGAAGAUCUACAGAAUUACAUCUUAGAGAAGAAAUGGCAGUCAGUUGAGCCUCUGACUGGCUGGAAGUCCCCAGCUUCUCUAACGAUGUCUGGAAUGGCUGGCCUUUUCAGCAUCUCUGGCAAAAUCUGGCAUCUUCACAACUAUUUCACGGUGACCCUGGGAAUUCCUGCUUGGUGUUCUUACGUCUUUUUCAUCAUUGCCACUUUGGUUUUUGGCCUUUUCAUGGGUCUGGUCUUGGUGGUGAUAUCAGAAUGCUUCUAUGUGCCACUUCCAAGGAAUUUAUCUGAACAUUCUGAGCAAAAUCAGAGAUCAGAGGAGGCUCAGGGAGCUGAACAGUUGCAGGAUGCGGAAGAAGAAAAGGAUGAUUGGAAUGAAGAAGAAAAUAAGGACAGCCUUUUAGAUGAUGAAGAGGAGAAAGAAGACCUUGGCGAUGAGGAUGAAGUGGAGGAGGAGGAGGAAGGGGACAGUGUGGCUGCUGGCGUGGAUGAGGGGAGGAGUGAUGCCAAUGACCAGGGUUCCCUGCCGGAGGCCACUGUGGCCCAGGAGGAAGCAGGACCUGAGGAGACUAAAGGAGACAGCCCUGGGCUGCCCUCCUCAGCCGGCACGGAGGUGGCGGAGGACUCCCUGAGGCAGCGCAAGAGUCAGCAUGCUGCUAAAGCGCUGUAGAUUUCACAACUUCCCUCUGGUCUGCAGUUUAUACCAAAUCCUUAACUUUUCCCUGAAUGUGCAAGCUUUUCUUAAAAGAUGGCCAGUGUCAUGUGGUCUCAUGGCAGUAAGCCUUGUGUAUCCCAUCUGAGGAGAAUCUUUCAAGUUUGACAAUCAGGAGACAGCAAACCAGUGGUGUUAGGAUCUGUUUGAGGACUUGGGAAAGGUGCAAGUUUAUUUACCUGGCUGGAGUCUUAUCCAGAAGAGCCAACCCCCUCCCUCAUUAGCACCUUUUAGAGACAAAGAGGCCCCCAAAUGAAAGCAAAGCAGCUUCACUCUGAGCAUGCUGGAAGUGCAGCAGAGAUCUUGCUUCCUUUCCAUGUUGUAUUUGUUUUUGUCAAACUGCACAAAACAUCAGGCACCACUGUGCCAGACAUUUUAACUGAGAGCACUCUGGCUAUAAUUUUGGGAAAGAGCUCGGAAGUCCCCCAAGCUCUUGCAAUCUCCUUUGUUACAUUUGAUUUCUUCCCUGUAUUUCUCCAAGCAUUUUACUGUGGCUGACGGAGCCCCAAGCUUCACAGUUACCCCUUCGUGAGAGGACUCAAAGACCGCAGCAGGGCCGGCAGCCACCACGUGUCGUCUGGCUGUAAGGUUUAGAUGAGCCGUAACCAAAGUUCGGGAAGCUGAUUGCCAGGCAUUCGAAUGAACUGGUGUAACCUUUGGAGAUUCAGAAGGAAAUGGGGAUUUUACACAGCAGAUUAAAAUGUUUGGGGGCCAAUAUGCAGUAGUAGUUUUGUUUUUUUUCUUUCAAAACUUUCUUUAGCAAUUUUUUUUUUUUUUUAAAGUCAGAAGUGCCCUAAGUCUUGCCAGUAAAAGGUAGUCUUGUCAAGAAAACUUGAGUGCUCUGUUGUUUUGUUUCCAUCUCAAGGAGUUCCCUGGGUCUUGAAUCAGUUUAAUAAUAACUGAAAAACCAUUUCUUGUUUUCCUUCAGUGAUGUGCUUUUGGUGAAAAAAUUAAUCCAAGUCACUACUGAGGAGAGAAAACUUGAUUUUGUUUUCCAUCUUCCUUAAUCUUCUAGAGAAUUGUGUCUUUGUAAACCUCUCACUACUGAAUCUACCGUAAGUGCCCAGGGAGCCCAAUUUCUUUUACAAAUCCAUCUAUAUACUUCUCAUACUUGAUUUAUGUCUUAGAGUAAAUUCAUAAAAUUAGAUUCCAAGCAUAUGAAAAAUGCCUGAAGUCAAUCCUAUGCCCUUGGGUCCAGACAGUAAAAUGAGUACAGGUUUAUAAAAUUUGAAGAGUUUCUGUCAUCAUUAAAAAGGAACAUGCAGUGCAUUUCUAUCUGGACAUCCUGUGACUAGAGGGUUCAUCGUGAGGAGAUUCUGAAGGGCACUGCCCUUCAAGGCUGCUACACAGCUUGCACAGUGAAGCUUCUUAUGCUGACAAAGUUGAGAGCCUAUGGUUACUUUUCAUGUUUCCAACUCAGUUUGCAGCUUCCUCUUCCAGCGCAGGGAAAGAGGAGCUUGGAAGCUGCCAGAAAUGUGCCCACAGAUGGCAUUGUGACCUCAUGUUAAGGCCACCACUGAAACUUGGGGACCAGCAGAGCCUGACAUGUGCCCAUACCCUGCCCCUGCUCCUGCUCAUGAAUCCUUGUUCUUGCCCAGAGUGCUGUUCCUGCAGGCUUUUCGGGAUCAAAGCUGAGCUGUCCUUGCCUCCAGUCCCUGCAUUUCUUUCACAAUCAACAGAAAUGAGUUCAAGUUCCGGGUUAGAGAAUAUAGAAAGAUUUUAUAGUUUUUUUUUUUAUUACAUGGCCCACCCCCAAUUUUUAGGGGUUUUUUGGGGGCUGGGGCAUGCAGAAACAAUCUACCCUGUUGCUUGGACAGAUAAGGCUAGUUUCCAGUUUCCUACACAGUACCUUAUUCUGUAACAACAGCAGUAACAAAUGAAUGUGCAAUACUUUCUGAAGUUGGAAAGUGGGGAGAAUAUCUUGCAGUAAAAUUUUCAGUAAAAAUUUAAGUAUCUGUCCAUGAGAAGCAAUUUUUCCUUGCAAAAAGAUUUUCUAGCAAGUGACCAAAGUACAUAUCUAAUUUAAUUCCUUUCUAACUGAAGCCUUUACAUUUGUUUUCAAUUUUUUUGUUUGUUGUCAAUUCUUAAUGAAUAUAAAACUGAAUGAAAAAAGUCAACCUAAAAUAAUUUAAAUUUAAAAUUAGCUCACCAUUUCAUUAGGACAUUGAGAUUUUUCCUGUUGAUAAUAAGUUUAGUGUCAAGUACAUGGAAACAUGAUUUUGCUUCAAAUUUUUUUUAAGAAAUUGCUUCCUUGCAUCCUCAGUCAUUUAAUUAUAGAAUAUGAUUCUGUGUAAAAAUGGAUGAAUGAAAUAAAAAUAGUGAUUGUGGAGCGAGUGCACAACACUUUAUGUGUGGGUAGUUGGAGCGGGGUGACUUGUCAGUGACAGAAAGUGAUAUCAGAGAUUACCUCUCCAUUGAUGUCUUGUGUCAUUGCUCUCUCGAUAGAUCUGCAGCCAAGCUGGUUUGCUUGGAGAUCUCAUCCUGCAGCACAACACAGCCAGCUCCUCUUUCUUUCCCUUUGAGGUAACCCUCAAAUGGCUAAGGACAGGGCCUAUUCAGGUCACAGGUUGUGCGCUGUGUGGCCGCACUGACAGCCUCAUUUCUGGCCACGAUUGCUGUCUAUUAGCCAGAAAUAACCACUGGAGUGAAAGGGAAACAAGGGUGGACAGAUUGACUUUUGAUACUUGAGAAAACCGCAGGCAGAUUUUUAAUGGCCCAGACUCCUUGUUGUUAGCUUGGAUGUCACUAUAUGAUUAGAGUGUAUGUUAUUCAGAACUGAUCAUGUAAUACCUUUGGAGUAGAUGAUUAAAAACUGCUACUUAAAGGAAGACUUAUGUAAUACUUUUUAUUAGUUAAGUACUUCAGGUAUGAAGUUGAUACUGUGUAUAUUGCUUUAUAGGAUGGGAAACAUUCAAGAGAUGGAAGGGUUGAAAAGGGUAAACUUGAGAUUUCAGUGUGUGCUCUGUGGAGUGAAAGAAAGACUUGUGCUUUUGCUGGUAUCAGUGGAUAGUCUCUGACCUUCAUCUCUGUGUUACAGUGUUUCUCCUGCCAGUAUUAUAGGUGUGUGGUAGAUAUAUCCUGUCAGAAACACCAAUGUUUUAAAGAGUAUUCAUGUAAAUUUAUUCAUGUAAGUCUUCUGUGCCAACAAAACGUUCCUUCAUGUGUAGUGUCUUUACCUCAGUCUUACAGUUUGACCCUCUUGAGAAGCUUAUAGCUUAUCUUGCAAAAGCCAAAUAAUUGAGUCAUUAAGUCUGAGGAAACCUGACGGUGCAGUUUUUUGAAUAGCUGUUCCAAAGUAGGAGGUUCUGUUGAAAGCCUUUGGUAGCUUCAGCAGGGGAUGUGGCCUUCAGACAACUUGUUCUUACCCAAGUUUUACGUAGACUGUGACACCGUGUAUGUGUGACUUGUAUAGCUUUAACAUGUUUUUGUGUAAUCAUUUGGUACCAGACUGCUUCUUCGUGGAAAUGCAAUUUUAUACUAAAUGCACUGCUUAUUUGUACUGUACUAUUUGUUAUUUAUAUUCCUUGUAAUGGUCUAGAUUACUUAGCCUGGCACAUCUAAUUGUUUUUCUCUCUAUCCUUGCACUCUGCUUCCUCAAAUAGCAUCUGCAGCAACUGAAAUGAGCAAUCAAGAUAUUGUCUGAAGCAGGACAUUACCUGAAUUACAGAUCAUCUGAUCACAGAAUUGUACAUAAUUCUUGAUCUCAUAUGGUUUCAUUUUAUUGUAAAUUUCCACUUUCAUCAAAACAUGACAGUAACGACUAAGUAAAAUCAAAAUGAUGUAUUGCUUUUCAUAUAAGUAUUUUCACAAACACCAUUUGCCUAGGCAGUUAAAAUAUAACUUUGUUAAAAAAUA